AUAGUGAUCAGCUGCAUGCUGAGAAGAAGGUUGCUUGGAGAGCCUCUCCUUUCUUCUCGCUUCAAUCUCAGCAGAGCAGGUAUCUUAGUGAAUUUUUGCGCCAUUUCGUAUAACGCGCUCGCGAUUGUCUUCCUCGCCUUCCCGGAAGCACCACACCCCUCGUUAGUAAACAUGAAUUGGUCAUGUCUUAUGGUUGGCGUUCUUUUCGGCGUUGCAACAGUGCACUAUUUUUUCUUCGGUAGGUGUACCUACAAGGGCCCAGUAGAGUAUGUUAAGAAGUCAGUGUAG